AUGUCAACCCCGCGGCUCUUAAUCUACACAUACAGAAAAGCCGGCCUCUCUCUCGAGGACUUCAAAAAGCACUGUGAAGAACACGUCUUACUCAUUAAACGUCUAACCGGCGACGAUUUCCCUCUAUCACACAAACGUCACUACAUUGCGCGCAACGCCCUCAGCAGCGAUGAAAGCCAAAACAACAACACGACAGUAACUGAGCGCAACGCUACCACACCAGCGAUUGUGUUUGCGGGCCAACAGUCGGAUUUCGAUUUCGAUGCCUAUGCCGAAUUGACAUUUGCAAGUCAAGAGGCUUUUCAGACAUUCAUCGCCAAGAUACAGACACCUGAGAUUGCGGCUCAGAUUGCUGCUGAUGAGGAGAGGUUCUUGGAUCGCUCAAAGCUGAGUAUUGCUAUGUUGGGAGAUGUUAUUGAGACUACGAGAUCAUGA